AUGCCUUCCCGAUCACGGCCUUCGCGGUCCUCGCGAUCGCGAACGAGCCAGCGACAACAUCAACGAAAGUACCACGAGCUGAAAAAGAACGACCCCGAGUACGUUUGGCGAUGCAACCAGUACGCUCUUGUGUGCCGCCUGCAGUCCGAAGUGGAAGAGCGCUACAAGAUGGUCAGGUAUACUGAGGCAGACCUUCUUGCUCUGGGCUACAAGCUCGGUGCACCCCUCGAUGUCGACGACCCCAAGCCGCUCGACCUUGAUUCCAGAUUUUUUGUUCCUCCUACCCGUCGACAGGCUAGACAGGCGCUUCGUGGCUAUGCAAAAAGACGCUGGGCAUCUCGCGAGCCCAUGAAAAUCCCACACAGAGCAACGUUUCAUGGGCCGGAUGCAAAGGAUAAGUUUGAGAGCAACAUGCUGUGGUUUUACGGUGAUCGUUCCACCGAAGCGCAGAGAAACUUGCACUACUUUAUACAGGCAGCAAUGAUGGCUGAGCCCAAGGCCUGGCAUUGGACUCACAAUUCGCAACCCUGCAGGAAAGGAAACCCAGUAUACAUGCAAAAAGCUUGGUUCAACAGCUCUGGAGAACCUGUUUCUCAUGAAUAUGGAUGGCAAAAGUGGAUGUACUCUGAAGAUGAUUACAGCAAUCCUGUCUCAACUAUUCCACAUGCUCUUGGAGCUAUUUACGACAAUAUUCCAGCAAAGGAACAGCAGGUCCAGAAGAGCGAACUCUACCUCCUUCUAAUGCUCAUCAGAGGUCAAUUGAAGCAGGCCAGCAUCUGGCCUCGGCAUCGAAUCAUCCCGGCUCUUGCAAUCAGCUUCCACUCACGCUUUACUGCUCGGAUCGUUCAGGCCCAUCUCGAAAACGGCCAGGUUGUGUUACGCCUUUCACGACUUUUGAAUCUGCAUACCGCCAAGCGCCCGGUCGAUGGAAAAAUCAUCAUAAAAUGGCUGGGAUGUCGGCCAAUGGGUGAUACUAGAAUGGGGCCGCCUCCGAUUAUUCAUCAUGACGAUGGAGACGAGGAAUUUGUCGAGGACAAGGCCGGUCCUGCACAAAGCGUAGCUAUUGUAAGUUGA